AUAGAUAGUACUCAUAACAAGUAUGGUUUAUCGACUGUAAUCCCCUUGAAAAAUAGAUAAAAUAAUAUUUUUUUUAAUAAUCGUAAAACGGUUUAUUAAAAUCGGUAUAUUAUAGAGUAAAUAAAGUCCGCAAGGACAACAAACAAAGAACACACACAAUGUGUCAAAAAUAGACAAGAAGAGGCAAGAGCACAUUUUGUUGUUUGGCUAUGUGUGUACGCCGGUUCGACUUGCCAAAUUUAAAAUUAAAGACAACCCCCUCUGCGAUUGUGGCAUUGAGGAAGGAACUACGGAUCAUAUUUUAUUUAAUUGUUCAAAUUUAUCCAUUUCGCUUUAUGAUUUGCUACCAUCAAAAGUUCCACGUCCAACAAAUAUAAAAUGUAUCUUGAGUAUGGAGAAUCCCAGCCCAUUCAAAAUUUUAGCAAAAUUCUUUGCAAUCAAUAAUAGUCUUAAUUUAUAAAUAUAUUUGUUUUCUAUAUACAUUCUAUUUGUAUUAUCUUUAACAAUGUAAUCAGAUAGACGCGCUCAGAGCUAUUUUUUUUUAUUUUAUUGAAAUUCAAAAUUUUUCAUAUUUUAUUAUUGUCUCUAUACGUGUAAAGACCACAAACGUGACAUUGGCGGAAUUGUGUAAAUGCAAAUAGGCCAUGAAUUAAAAAAGAAGAAGAAGAAGGCUAUGCGAGAUUUUACAUUGCAAGCUUUUACUAUUUAUCUUUUAUAAGUGUUAUUUCGACCUUUCACAAUUAAAUAAUAUAUUAGCUUUAGAUGUAUUAAAAACAAUGGAGCUGAUAAUUUGAAGUCGUGAUAAAUUUAUGGAAUACGAUCACAUAUUACCGAGCCCAGUUUUCUAUAUCGUGCGGGAUCUGCACGAUGUUUCCGUCGUGCAUGUCGCUGCUGUCGCGACGGGAGCAGGCACCGCAGCCUCGACCCGGACAGGCGGCGGUAGUCCUCAACGUAUACGACAUGUAUUGGACGAACUGGUACACGGCGGGCGCGGGGGUGGGCGUGUUUCACAGCGGCGUGCAGGUGCACGGCUCGGAGUGGGCGUACGGCGGGCACCCGUACGCGUUCACGGGCGUGUUCGAGAUAUCGCCCCGCGACGAACGGGAGUUAGGCGAACAGUUCCGGUUCAGACAAAGUGUACACAUAGGGUAUACAGACUUCAGCGAGGAGGAAGUGAGACGCUUAGUAGCAGAGCUUGGCAAACAGUUCCGCGGUGACAGGUACCAUCUUAUGAAUAAUAACUGCAAUCAUUUCACGUCCGCCUUCUGUUUGGUAAGUGUAUUUUGUGUUUUAAUAAAUAUUGACAUUUCUCUCUCUCUCUCUCUCUCUCUCUCUCUCUCUCUCUCUCUCUCUCUCUGUUUCUAUCUUCCUCCCACUAUUUACAGCUAACCAUGU